AUGCCCGGAGAUGCGGUUCAUCGUUUGCUCUUAGCGGUGAGCGGGAUGCUCUCAGCUCGGACGCUAGCGAUUGCCGGAGGAGGAGGAGGAGGGCAAUCGAUGCACCUGCGCUCAUCCUACUGCACCAACGUGCUGCAUCAUGCGACUGCCCGGCAAUCGGCGCUGCUGUACACACCCCAGGCGGGUCGUAGGAUGACCGCAUUUUUGAAGCCAAGUGGUCCCGUGAGUCGUGCCGCACCAUUCCGGUCCGCGUGGGAACGGGCAACUACGCGGCGGCAAGCCAAGCCUGCGACACCAAGACUCAUCGUACCUAGCGGGGCGGGUCAAGCAGCCUCGGCGGGAUGGUGCAACGAGGACGCCUUGUUUUCCGCGGGCAGCGGCGGGAGCCACGCUCGCAGAAGACAUCGGAACGGCGGCGGGCGCGCCGGCCGUGGCCUGGCGCUGGCGAUGUCUGCCGUAGGCCGCCCCCAGCAACUGGCCCGCCUGUCUUGGCCGACGGCAUCGCUAUCGUCGUACACCCGGCCAGACGGGCAUGUGGAGGCUGGAAGCAGCGUCGGCGACGUUCCCGGGCCGGGGCACGACUUGGCUUCGAAGCAAGGGGUUUCCAUUCCCGAGAGAGGCGUUUCGGCCACGAGAGAAAGCUCGGCGGCACCCGGGGCGGGAAGCCGAAGAUACCUUGCGCACUCGGGGUCCCGCCUGUACGGCACCAACACCGCCAAGUCUGACGUCGACCUCAAGGGGAUUUUCAUCCCUGACGUCCAGAAGGAGGAGGAGGCUCGGCGGGCGGCUUCGCAAGUCAAGGCUGUGGCGAAGGCUCAGCAGGAUAUGGGUGGAGACACCGCCGUUCCUGGCGACGCGAAGGAGGCGCGGGUGCCGAGCUCUUCCAGCCCUGCUCUCUCCCCCAAGGGCAGCGGCAAGGGCAAAGAGAUCACGUUCUGGUACUCCACCUCAAACUGCGAUUCGCGUAACACCGUGGACGACGUGGACUUGGAGAUCAUCAGCCUUGGCAGGUUCUUCGGCCAGCUGAUUCGGGGAGAGAUCGGGGGUGUGGAGACGCUUCACUCGAUGCUGGUCCGCGAUGUGGAGCUCAUCUCCGACCCUGAGGCGUCAACAACAGCUGCGGAGAUGCAGAAUAAGAGGGUGAGUGCCGAGGAGCCAGCGGGAGAAGCCGGAGAUCCGUCACGGGUUUCGUCGAGAGGGGGGGGAGGCGAGGGCGCGGGGCAGAAGAGUAAGGCAGUAGACACGGCUCCUGCCUGGGUCGCGGUGGGGGAUAAAGAACCUCCCGUCCGGAAGCUGGGCGUUAUUGGGAGGAAGAAGGCGCCGACAAGAGUCGUCAAAGAUGUCGCUCCUGAGGAAGCUCCACGAUUAGGCGUGAUGUCAAGGCCGGGGACAGGGGAUGUUGAGAGCAGAGGCGCGGCUUCUUCUCAGGGGGCUCGCCGGCUAGGAGUGUUGUCUAGGGGGGGGGUAAAGAUGGGUGGCGAGAGGGUAGCGGAGCAGGAGGUACAUGAAGAGGAGGAAGAGGAGGAUUGGGAGGAGAAGGAGACGGCGAGGACGUUGAAGCGAGGGAAGCUGCUGAUGCACGCCAGGAGAGGGGUCAUGGAGGCCGAGGAACUGCUGACGGCGGGAAGGUUAUCAUUCCCGCUGAAACCGCGGUACGUAGAGGAGCUCCGGCGCCUGAAGGAGUUGGACAUGGGCCCCAAGAAGUUGUCAUCAAUCCAAGCGCAAGCGAAACAGCUGUCCGCCGUGGCUGCUACCUCCGGCCUGCCAGCGCAAGUCAGCAUGGAGAAGCUCAGGGCUGUCCAGGAGGAGGUGAUGAGGGUGCACGAUCAAAGACGACGAAGAGGAGUUGGACCGCUUCCCGCGGUAGAGGCUAAAUAA